AGAUGGCAGAUUCCUCCUGUUGUGAAGACAAUGCUAACAUAGUUGAUUUUGACCUCACAAUUGAACAACCAAUGGAGGAGGACACUUCUGUUGCACAAAAGAGGAAGCAACCAUCAGCCUCAAAUGUCGGUGCUUUGCCUCCUAAAGGUCCAAAACAAAAGAAAAAAAAGAAGUAGCACCAAGAUCAAAGGUAUGGGAGCACUUCACGAAGUUUGGUCCAGCACUAGAUAAGUGUAGAUGUAACUACUGCUCUAAAGAAUAUCAGUGUGGAUGGGUCGGCAAAGUGUGGAACUAGUACUCUGAAAACUCAUAAUGAAAAAUGUCAAGAGUUUAAGAACCAUCUUGAAAGGGAAUCCCCAAAAAAUCUUACCCGUGUUAAUAUAAAUGAUAGUGUUGGUGGUCAACUUGUAGCCAUUGGAUUUAUUCAAGAGGCAUGUAGAAUGACAUUAGUUAAGAUGGUGAUUUUAGAUGAAUUGGCAUUGCGUUUUGUUGAAGGGGUGAGGUUUAGACAUUUCUGUAGUGUUGUUUGUCCUAAAUUUGUUGUCCCAUCAAGAAGAACACUCGCUAGGGAUAUUAUGGAACUCCAUUUGAAAGAAAAAUCUACCCUUAAGAGUUUGUUCAACAAACAAAUAGUUUCUUUAACAACUGAUAUAUGGACAGCUAACACUACCACUGUUAGUUAUAUGGUCAUCACUGCACACUUUAUUGAUGUGAAUUUCCAGUUGCAUAGGAGAAUUAUUAGUUUCAAUCCAGUUUGUGAUCAUAAAGGAGAGACAAUAGCUAAACAAAUAGAGAGCUGCUUGAUUGAUUGGGGUAUUAAGAAGGUGUUCACUAUUACAGUAGACAAUGCCACUGCCAAUGAUAGCGCAAUUAGGAUCUUGAAAAGUAACCUAGGUUCUUGGAGAGAUGAUCCUUUACUUUUUGAUGGUGAGUUCAUGCAUGUGCGUUGUUGUGCACAUAUAUUGAAUUUGAUUGCGAGAGAUGGUUUGGCCGAUAUAAGCAAUAGUGUUGUUAGUGUCCGUAAUGCAAUGAAGUAUGUCAGGUCAUCUAAUGCUAGAUUUCAAACUUUUCAAAAACGUUCUGACCUUGAUAAGGUGACUAGAGGGAGUUUGAUUUUGGACAACAACACUAGGUGGAAUUAUACUUACCUCAUGUUGACUGCAGCACUUAAGCAUAGGGGGGCUUUUGAUAAAAUGGCCGUUGAAGAUAAGUUGUAUGAUGGUUACUUUCUAGAAGACGAAAAGGGUCAAAAAAGAGUUGGACCGCCAAAACUCAAUGAUUGGGAGAAUGUUCGACGAUUGGUAAGAUUUUUAAAGAUCUUCUAUGAUUCAAGUUUAGUUUUUUCCGCAUCUAAAAGUGUGACGGCUAGUAGUUGCUAUAAUGAGAUAUGCUCACUUGAAAUGAAUCUAAAAUCAAUAAUCAGCAACUCUGAACCCAACUUCAGUAAGGCUGUCAGUGAUAUGAAAAACAAGUUUGAAAAAUAUAGGGAGGGUGUGGAGAUUAACAAACUACUCAUUAUUGCGAGUGUGUUUGACCCAAGAAGUAAAAUGACUUUUGUGACCAUUUGUUUGGAGAAAUUACAUGGUAAAGAUAGUGUGAAGUGUAUUCAAAUGAAAGAAGCGGUCAUAGAAGUGCUACAUAGGUUGUAUGAAGAAUAUAGUGCAUCACAUUCUAAAAAGUGUAAUGCAUUUGCAUGUGAAAGUGAAAGCAGAAGUGUCAAUCAAUCUUGUUCCUUAAGUGAGAGUAAUUCACAUGAUUUCUUGAAUUUGGAUGGCGAUGAUGGAUUUGAAAAACUGACUUCUGAAUAUUCUCAAAUGGUAAGUGAAAAGGGAAGUUUGGAAGAAACAUCUACUGAGUGUGAUGCCAUCACGCAAUAGAUUGGGCAUGCAUUUCGAUAUCACAUCAUGGUGGAGGGGACAUAGUGUGAAAUUUCCAGUUUUGGCUGAAAUGGAAAGAUAUAUUCUUGCAAUUCCUGUCUCAACGGUUGCAUCCGAAUCUGCCUUUAGCACAGGAGGUCGUGUUUUAGAUCCAUAUAGGAGUUGUCUAACUCCACAUAUGCUUGAGGCGCUGAUUUUGACACAAGACUGGUUACGUUCAUCACUUGAUUACGAUGCAAAAGCGUGCCUUCACCAAAUAAUAGAGGAAACAGAGUUUAUGGAUUCAAUGGCUGAAGGUAUGGCUGCAGGCAGUUAGUACGGAUGCAGGCAGUUAGUAAUGGUGCUGGUUCUAGUAUGCAGAUUUGGAGACUUUUUUUAUUUUUUUUGUUUCUCCUUGAACUAUGAUAUGCAAGUGGCUCUUGUAAGCUAGUGUGUCAAACUUUCUUUGGUUUAGCAGGUGCACGCAGUAUGUAUGUUUAAGCUAUGAACUUUCUUUGGCUCUUGUAAACUACUGUGUACUGCAUGCAAUAUGUUACAACUAUG